CUUUGUCUGCCAUUUCCGUUUCAGUGAAAUUUCCGGUCAAAAACUUUGGGUAAAACAACUUUACACUUCUUUAAUAUGUUAUAUAAAGUGAAUUUUGAAGUCCAGUCAUCAACUCUAUCUCAUAAUUUAUAAUAUUUUGUAUUAGGAUUACAGUUUUACAGCGUGUCAAAGAAAAGACAAUAAGAAGAGUUUACGAUGGAAGAAAAUGGAGAAGGAGAUGGCAACAAUACUAUUACCGUCACCAUGACAGAUGAUGGUUAUAUAUCAAUGUCAAUGAAAAGACCACAUGAAGAUGACGAGAAUGCAAUAGAAGAAGAACCUGUCACCAAACAGCUACACUUGGACGAAAAUGAUGGAAAUAUUGUUGAAGUGCAGGUUGGGCAAGAGGAAUUACAACUGGAAGAAACAAUACAUCAAGAAGAACAGCCACAGGCAGAAAUUAUAACAACCGAUGGUGUUGUAUAUGAAGAAGAGGUUAUACAACAUCAAGGAACAGCUCCACAAUACCAGAACCUGAUCAUACAACAUAUGGACAUCGCUGAACCCCUGGCUACUCUCAAAACUCUCCUGGAAAUGAGAUUACAAUGUUCACUUUCUGACCAUCAAUUCUAUCUCCAGGAUGCCAUUCAACUUGAUACAACCAAAAGUUUAGUAGAUCAGUGUGUCCAAGGAGAAGGCAUGGUUCAAAUUAAUUUAGAAAUUAAAUCACAACCAGACUUUGCAGGUGUAAAACCGAAGAUAAACAUUGUCGACAUUCUGAAACCUGCUGAUGAAGUAGAGCCACAACAGAUUGUAGAAGAACCCCCACCGCCGCCACCACCUCCAGUUCAAACAAUAACACCACACAAGAAGCAACAGACAAAAGUUGUCAUUCCAUUACCAGAGGAGUCAGAAAACGUUACACGAUGGAUUGUAGAUCAGAACUUUAGACGGGAACAAGAAAGAUUAAAGAUUCCAUUUGAUCCUAAUCAGUGGAGUGAAUUGCAUGUAAGACAUUGGAUAGACUGGGCUAUCAAGGAAUUCCAUUUAGAUGGAGUCACUGCAGAAAGCUUCCAUAUAAAUGGCAGACAGUUAUGUGAAAUGACCCAUCCAGAAUUUGUCAAAUUGAUACCCUUUGACAGAGGAGAUAUCUUUUGGACACAUCUUGAGUUGUUGAGGAAGUGUAAAUUUGUUGCUGUAAUGCAGACCCCCACACCACAUGCUAUAACAACAAUAACAGUAUCAACAUCUGGACAACAGGAUGGUAUGUUGAAUCUGACAGGAAGACUGAAACAUUUAAAACAACACAGACCAAGAUCUCCUAGAAUUACUGGUGAUGAAAGAUUGUCUCAUGGAAACAGAACAGGAAACAAUGGACAGAUUCAGCUGUGGCAAUUUUUAUUAGAACUACUAACAGAUAAAGACUGUAGGGAAGUGAUUCAAUGGGUUGGUGAUGAAGGAGAAUUUAAAUUGAAUAACCCAGAAAUGGUGGCCCAGUUGUGGGGACAGAGGAAAAAUAAACCAACUAUGAACUAUGAGAAACUUAGUAGAGCACUUAGAUAUUACUAUGAUGGGGAUAUGAUUGCAAAGGUACAUGGAAAAAGAUUUGUAUACAAGUUUGUUUGUGAUCUGAAGAUGCUGUUAGGUUAUACUGCAGGAGAACUUAAUAGACUUGUUACUUUUUGUGCUGAAAGAAAGUUGCAGAGAGUAAGAGAAUCAUUACGGCCAGGAACAUUACAAAUAGCAAUGUCAUCAUGAUAGUAAAAAGAUUGUGUGAUUAUCCUCCUGUUCAAAUGUUGGACCAUCUGUUUGUUCAGUAUUUAUGAUACUUUGUUUAGAAUGUGUGUGCAAAAUAUUAUUGACUUCCUUGUCAGGUUGUUUUAUGUGAAAUUUGUGAACUAAUAGUCUUUAUCUCUUAAGUUAACUGUAAAAGCUAUUUUGGAUUUUAUAUUCUUGUUACAACAUUUGUUUUGAAAAAUGUUAUUGACAGGCUUUUUUUAUGAUUUUGUAUUUUCUUUUCCAAUAUCAUUUUCUUUAGCAACAUGCUUUUCCAUGAAUGAAAAGGUCAAAAAUGUUAAAUACAAAACUUUCAGGGUGGUUAGGACAGAUUGAGAUGAACAUUUCAUGUCAGUUUUACCACAGGCUUAUCCCUAAAAUGAGGUAUUGGUAAUAUCUGCUAGUUAAAUCCACUUUAAGAUAUUGAACAGAAAAAAAAAUUAAUCGUUUUUUUUUCACCUUUGAACAUAUAAUUUUCACUUAUCAUAUGAAAACAAUCUUAGCAGAAAAUGUGUGUAGGUAAAAUGAAUUCUUGUGAUCUAAAAUGCAGCUUAAAUAUUUGAUUUUAUAUGCAUUGUGCUGGUCAUGUGUACAUAUAUCCUGAAUCAGGAAUAAAAUGUUAGUGCUCAGGGUCUCAACUAAUAUAUGUAUUAUAAAUAUUGAACAUUGAUAUGAUAUGAUGAGAAUUUUGUCUUUGGCAAAACAAUUUUGCUUAUAAAUAAACUAGAAAUAAUCAGUCUAGGGUAUUACUUAAAGAAAUAACUUUCAACAUCACCUAUUCAUGUUGUAAACAAGGCUCCUCUUUUCAAUAUAUUAUUUAUAUGAGUGACUUUUCUAAAUUUGAUUUACAUAGAUGUCCAUUCAUACAGAUUUUAUUAGCUGAAACAAAUUGUUUCAGAUAUCUUGUUAUUUUCCCCAUGAAAUAUAAAAGAUUAUCAUUUUGAAACACUUUUUGUUGCCUCCCAUAUGUUCUUACUGCUUGUGAUAAGUAAUGCCCCUGACUGAUAAAUGCAUUUUGUAUAUAGUUGUUUAUGCUUUCAAGUAUAAACAUAAAUAUGUUUAGUAAUUCUGUUGAUCAAAGUUUGAAUUCUUCUAGUUCCAUAUAUAUUUUGGAUUGUUUGCAUUUGGAGAAAAUGUUAAAAUAGAUUUAAUGUAUUAAUAUUUUAAAUAAUUUUAUUAAUUACAAUGUUUUAUUAAUGACAAUUUAUUGAAAAAAAUAGAUUUUUGGUGAACAAUUUUACAUCUUGAUCUUAAGUGUUAAGGUUAAAAUAUAGAUUAAAGUCCUCUAAGAGUGACCAUGUGAUACCCUUUAUAGGGGUAGUCAAGGUCUUUUUACACCACUUUGCUAGUAGUAAUCUAUAAGAAAAACUAAAAGGAAAACUUAUGAUAAUAAUAAAAUGAAAAAGAUUCAGAUUUUUUUAUAAUGUACAAAGAUGUAAGUAUUUGGGAAAUGAUAUUCCUGUCUUUGUGUAUUUUUAUAAUGCUUGUACAGUAAUCUAUAUUUAUAAUUGAAACAACCAUUGCCUUAAUAUGUUUAUAUGUGUACAUCUGUAGAAAAUGUAUACAAGAUUGUAUAUGUAUAUAAAUCAAUAGAUCAUCUUUUCCAUGUAAUAGAAAAAAUACUUUUUGUGGUACACUUGGAAAAGAAGAGAACUCAGUAUACCGAUCAGCAGGGUAUUAUUAUCUGUUUUGAAAUCUCAGAAAUGUUUAAGAUCUCUCGUUUUAAAAAACAAACUUCAAUACGUUUCAUGCAUUUUGUAAAUAUGUCAUUUAAUAACGCCAUCUAGCUGUAUAAAUCUGUAUCUCACAUCAAAACAUUCUGUUUUUUAAAUAUGGUGAAGUAAAUACCUUUGUGUGAAUGCAUUUCAGCCGAAUUUAAACAAAAAUGUUUUUCAAGUUGAAAUGUUGUCAUUUUAUUUCUGAAUUCAUUCUAUUUUGUUCUCAAUUUUUACUGUGACAUAAUAAAGGAAAUGAAAGAAUACAAAAGAAUACAUGAUUCAGAAACACCUUUUUAAUGUAUCUAUGUAUAGAUGGUUGUAAAAAUUGUUAUCUUGUUGAUAUUACAACUGAAUAUUAAACUCCUAUCUCAAUCCACUGUAUUACACAUAGGUGGACAGAUUCUUACAAAACGUUUUCCUCAACAUCCUUAACUGUGUAUUCAAUGAUAUGCAUGGCAGUGGUAGGGAAAAAAAAUAGUGAGGCUACAAGCUGUCAUUUCAUAGACCUAUCAAAAAAAAUCUUGAAAAGUGGGUCCAUGCAAAACUUCACUUUGGAAAUUGAUGGAUAUGUCAAUGUCUUCAAUAGUUGGUGCUGAGGUUGUUGUUUGCAAUGGUACAGUCUAAAUAUGAGUAGACUUCAGUGAAAUGAAAAUCAGGGAAAAAGUGAAGAAAGGUUUAGUUUAGCGACCUGUUAAAAGUAUUAUUAAAACUGAUGAUAUAAGUCUUAAGCCAUUACAUUAAAAAUUGCAGGUUAUUUUAUUUUAUAUGCUUUCAACAUUUUUUAUUCCAUAUGCUUGUAUUUUCAUCCUAUAUGUUUUAUAUUGACUGCAACAUUGAAAUCGUAUUUUACCCUCAGCAUUCUCUCACUAUAGUGCAAAACAGUUCUGCAGUAAUUAAUGUCACCAAGAUCUAUAUUCCGUGGUCUCAGGCCUGUUUUAGCAUUGAGACUUGUUGCUAGAAAUCCAAAAUUAUAUUAUUUCUCACACAGACAGUCAUAAUACCUUUUUUUUUUACUAUUUUCCAUGUUAUUGUGUUGUUUGAAACAGAAUAAGCUACUAUAUCUUUAUUUUUUUUAUUUUUUUUAGCACCCCUGAUAAGGUAAAUCCAGAAAAGUGUGUCAGACACAUUAAAUUUGUAAAGAUAUUUAAAUCAUUCUAAAUCUUAAAUAUAUAAACAUGUCUCUUUUUUAAGUCAAAAAUAAAAUGCCAUUUAUAUGUUAUCAUUAAAAAAAAAAAAUCGGCUGAAUAUAUAUAUAGCACUGUAAUAAAGGAAAAUUACUUUUACUGAGUAUAUUUGUGAUUUUAAAUAAACUGAAAAAUAUGUAGAUGUGACCUAGUCCUGUUAUUCAUUAUGUAUAGAAGACUUUUUAUUAAUUUGUUACAUUUUAUUUUGAGUUAUAAUGUGCAUUUAUUACCUUAUUGUAGAUAAUGUCAAAGACCACAUUGAUUAUGCAUUGUUUAUACACUUGUUGACUUGUAUAUAGUGAAAACCUUUAUAAAUUAAAAAAUCUUGUACAUACA